UCACUCAACAUUGGAACACAGUAGCUCAACUCGGUUGAGUUUUCAGAAUAUUCGAAACUACAUUCGCUUGUUCAAAAUUUUAGAAGAGUUAGAGCGACCUUUUAGAUUUGUUUGGCAUUGUGUUUGCAAGUGGAAAUCGCUGCCGGAAAUGGACACAACUGUGCCGAUGGGCCUGGUGCCCAACAGUCUCAAUCCGAUCCUUAAUCCGCGACCCGUUCCCAUGCCGGUUACCAAGCCGCGGACCAAACUGCAGCCGGAUGAGCUGCACGAUGGCGUUUUGGCCUUCAACAAGGAAAAGGUGCCGCCGCCGGCAUCCUGGCGCUCCAUUCCGCUCCAGCGGGCCAUGUCCGAGGUGCGGAACGCGCUGCGAGCUCAGCCCCAUGCCAGUGACAUUCGCCUGCUGAUCUUCACGGCGGCGGCCAGCAGCGUGGAGCACGAGCGGACCCUCGUCCCGGUGCCGCCGCAGUUCCAGGCGGCUCUCGGAUCCGGCUGUCAGGUGGAUCGACUGCGUCGUGCCGUCGCCGACAACUGGACCUCCUGCCGCCUCAUGCUGGACAGCCCCCCCUACUGCGACGAGCAGUAUGCCGACAUGACGCCGGACGACGCGGACGCACUGCAUCUGCUGCACUGGAUCCUGGUGGCCACGCCCUCGUCGCCCACUCUGCGCCGCAUGUCGGGAUUGCAUUUGCGCCGCCUUUGUCGCGUCCUGGGCCUGGCACGCCCCACCGCGGAGCCCGGCCACCUGCUGAGCAUCAGCUAUGAGAGGGAUGAUCCGAGGACGGGGCAUCCGAGUCCAAGGCCCAGUUACGCCUAUCUGGGCUUGCCCUUUGUGUACCUAUAUCGCUUCCUGGCCACCGGACGUCUGGAGCAUCCGCCAGGUGUACCCAUCCGUUUGUAUGCCCAACCGGAAACCGCGUUGGUUCACUGCGAGGAGCAGCAUGUCCAGGCGGGCGAGCUGUCCUCCGGCCAGUCCACAGCCGAGAUGGAGCCGUCGGGAAAGCCAAGUGCACUGUGCUGGCGGAACUCCAUGCUGAGUGCACCGCAAAGGGCACUGGUCAUAUGCCAACUGCCCGCAGAGCUGGACGAGUCCAUUGCCCAUUCGCCGGAGAAGCACUUCCUGGAAUACUACGUGCAGGAGUCGCUGGCGCCGCGACCCUGCUACCUGCUCCUCUUCGACGAGGCGGUGGCCUCCAAUACGAUGUUCGCCUGGCCGGGCAGAUGCAUCGAGCCGGAGCACACGACUCCUUCGCUGGUCCAGAGAACGCGUGUCAAGAUCCUGAAAACGGUCCGCAGCCUGGGCAGUCGAUUGGAGGCCAUUAGGCGGGCCAUAGCCGCCAUAUAGCAGUCAUAUGAUAUGGAAUUGUUUUUUUUAGAAUACUGGUCAAGGGCACUGAUCUCGGCCAGACGUGGACAUGCCCACUCCGGCGCACUGGAGCUACUUAAUGUUUCGGAAUUGUAAAUAAACAUUUGG